AUGGAAAAGCUUGAAUUCCUCAUAGCUCAUGUGGAGGACCUGAGGAACAAGUUAGAGACACAAGAAAAAGCAAAUAAGGCUCUCAAAAAGGAAGUCAAACAUAUUGCGGAUGAACAGCAAAAGUGGAAAGGAGCUGUAGCUGUACUGAAAAGUGAGAGAAACAGAGAUGAACAAUCAAAACUAAACAAAAAUGUAAUUAUAAGUGGUUUACCGAAGAUUAAGGAAAAUAAUGAAGAAAACCUCAACACCGUAUUUCGCAUUAGUGAGAAACUUGAAGUAAAUCUUACAAAAGAAGUAGUUACAUGCAAAAGAAUUGGAAAAGGAGCAAAUAGUCAACUCAAGGUCAUGUUUGAGAAUGAAGAAUUGAAAAAGAAAUUUAUGGAAGCUAAGAAAAAGACGAAUUUGAACUCAAGCCAACCAGGAUUUGUAGAAAAACAUCCUAUCUACAUUAAUCACGAGUUGACAUCAGAAAAUCAGCUUUUAUUCAAAAAUACAAGGGACUUCAAGAGACAGUAUAAUUAUAAGUUUGCCUGGAUAUCACAAGGAAGAAUUCUACUGAAGAAAACUGAAACAGGUAGAAAUAUUGAAAUCAAUACUGAAGAAGACCUUAAUAAACUAAUACAAAAAAACUAA